AUGCCGAUUCCAAUCGAAGAGUUAGCUACACAGAUUCUCAAGUCUACCACAGAGUGCGGUGGUAAAGUUGAAGAAGCAUCUGUGCAAUUAACUUCUCUAUUUUUCGGUAACAAGCUUAUUGAAAAACUUGUCGAAAAUCAAAACUGGAAUAAAGAAGUUUUAGAACUUAAUUCAGGUAUAUUUGCAGAACUUUUUGCCAGCUAUGCAGCAGUUUUUGGUCUACCCAUCAACAGCAGUGAUACAGAGCAAUCACUUCAAAUCGUUAGCUCAUGCUCGGCUAUUGUUCUAUACUAUCACAUUUUAUCAACAUCGUUAGAUGAUCUUAAUUACUUUAUUGGUGAUAUGAACCGCCUUUUAACAGAUUAUUUCACUCAUAAAAUCAACGAUGACGAUGUUUUAAAGGGAAUUCAAAAAGUAAUUGAUUUUACGGAACAUGUUUUUCAUAUUAAUCAGUUCGCGGAUCUCGAAAUUUCUCUCUUACCAGCAGAAUUAUCAAUUGAAAAGACUUCCGAUAAAUUUACAGAGGUUCUCGACUCAAUUCAGAACUUGUGCCAACUUUGCAGCACGGUUUGCUCCACAUUUAAGAACGAUCCUCAAAGAGUCAAAGAUUUACAAUUGGAAUACGAAAAAGAUUUCACACGUACAUCAGAGAACAUUCCAAAGUUCGCUCAGUUAUAUCGCGACCUUGCCGAAGCCGUUAAGGCUCAGUUUUUAUCUCUUUUCGAAGAGCCAGAAUUUGCUGAAUUCGCUGAAUACAUGAAGAAUGUCCUCACAGUUCUCUCAGGAAUCUUAUUUGUUUCCAUCCUUACAACUGAAUAUACACCAGAAUCUUUCUCAACAGUUCAGAAAGUUUUAGAUGAGCUUCUCAUCCGUUUCAACACAAUUACAGCCAAGAUGACAAGCUUAAUGCGCUUCAGAGGAAAGUUCAACGAGGAUAUCGAUGAAUGCAAGAGAACUUCCCAAGAAAUUAAUUUAAUUCUCAACCCACUUCAAGCUUCUCUUGUCUCUUCCAUCCAGCAGAUUCCGCAGCCAUACAACUACAUCUCAGGAAUGAGAUUGACAGAAUACUUCGGCCAACUUGCACAGUUAUUGACAGCAUUCGAUACAAAUCUCAACCACGCAGCAGAAGCCAUCCAACGCGACAGAAGAUUCCCACUUUUGGGUGCUUUCACAAACAAAUUGGAGGCAGAAUUAACACAAAAAGCAAUUCCAUUCAUCAAGGAUACAAUUUCACUCGUUUGGAACUUGCUUAACAUUCAGAAACCAAUUGAUGAUAUUCUUGGAGAUAUCCCAAAGGUUUCUGAUCAUUGCAAUCAAUUCAUGAACGAAAUUACAGAGACAAUCAACAAUUCUAAGGACGACGACUCUCAAAUCCGCUACGCCAAACAACGUUCGAACAUCUACUACGCAUACACAACCUUUACAGAGGCUUACCAGACCCUUCAAACCAUGAAAGAUAAUUCAUGCCUCAGAGCAAACCUUGCAAUCACAAGUGCCAGUCUUCUACUUGCUCUUUGCUCUUUGGAUAAUGAUCCUUUCAUCAUUGAAGCCCUUGAAACCCUCCGCCAAGGUCUUGCCAUCAAGAAUGGCAUUCUUUACCAAGAAGAAAAGGCUAUGAUCGUUCAACUCCUUACUCUCGUUACACAGCUUAUUCCUCAAACAGAGGUUUUCGCUGUUUUCGUUGUCCAAAUCUGUAUGAAGAUUAUUAUUGACUGCGAAUCCAAGAUCCCAACCAAUGUCAACCACGAAUUACCAAAGACAGUCAUCCCAUGUCUCGAACAGAACUACAAUAUCAGUAUUGCCCUUAAUGCAAUCGCAGCUGUUGUUCCAAAGAACGAUCAGACACAGGCAAUCAUCAAAUUGCUCGAGACAUAUGCAUUCAUCUUCUCACAGUUCUCUCUAAGCUACAGAAUUGCUUCACAAAUCCACUUCAUCCAAGAAGCCGCAAUCUUUGUCAGAACAAUGAAGCCAUUCGAUGCCUAUUUCGCAGCAGGAGGAGGCGAAUUCGAAGAACUCCGUGCAAACACAAACGAAGCCAUGCAAAUCCUCCAGAAUUUCAUUGAUACACCACCACCAGCCGGUGUUUACGAUCGAUUGUACUUAAUCAACUUGUUCCAAGCUGUACAAGCCGGCUACAAACAAGUUGUUCCACUUUUCCGUGCUGCACAGAAACUUCUUGACAGUGCAAAUGAUAUUGCAAACGUCAAGAACGAAAUUGCCCGUUUGACAGCAUCAAUCAAAGGCAUUUUACGUCUUUCCCAAUACAUCACAUUUGUUUACGCACAAGUCAAGUUCGAAGUUACAGCACUUAUCUCUGUAAUCAUCAGACACAUCUUCAAUAUCAUUGUUCAGUAUCUCCAGCAGAUAUUACAAGAUCCUUCCAAGUACUACAUUCUCUUGUAUUUCAUCAUCAUCAGAUUGUUCUUCAUCGCUGAGUUACUUGAAGGAUUCCCUGCUCUCAAGAACAUCGCAGAAUCAAUCCGUGCAAACGCAGACAUCCUUGAGAACUGCGCUGCAAAGAUUUCUCUUGGUGAUAACACAGCAAAUGAUGAACUCACAUACUGUGUUAAGAACAUCGAUGAAAUCUACCAAGAAGUCAUUCCAAUCUGCGAUUCCCUUGACCAGGCAAUUCUCGCAUCAAAUGGUAAUGCAAACCAGGCAAACGCUGCUACAGAACAAAUCGAAGUCGAGACACCAAAUGUCACGAUGACAAGAGAAGUUCCAGAGAACGCAAUGACAAAGGCUGAACGCCAAGUUGUUCAGCAAGCCAUCGAAAAGGGUGGUAAAGAGACAAUGGCUCAUAUCAGAAAGAACUCAAUCGAACCAACAAAGAUUCCUGCAACCCUUAAGGGCCAGGAUAUCGCAACAGCUGCACAAGUUGGUGAAAAGGCUGAACCAUCAGUCUCCAUUUACCAGCAGAGAAAGGAUCUUUCUCAAGAGCAGAACAACUUCAUCCAGGAAAGAGUCAGAAAGGCAAAGACAGAAGAUUUCAAGGAUGAAGUCGCUGGUUCAACACUUGAAGUUCUCGAAGGCUCCAAACUCCGUGAGAAAGCAAGCGAAAAUCUCACAAAGGGACAAGCAGAAUACCUCACAAGAACAGCUGCUGAUGCUGCAGGUGAAAUCCUUGCAGAACAACAUUCAGCUGCUGUUACAGGUAUUUCGCCAAUCGAAAACAGCAAGAAGAUGGCACAACAACUCGGUUUCAAGGAAGAACAAUACGAUUACAUCUCAGAUCUUGUCAGAAACCAUGUCACAAAGGAUACACCAGAAGAAAGACAAGCUGAGAUCGAUCGCGUUUGUGCACAAGCUCUUGCUGAAGGAAAGAUCGAACCAGAACAAGUUGCUGUCCUCCAGAACAUCUUGAGAGCUGCUGAUGCUCAGAAUGAAGCAUCCAACUUCGUCAACAGCAUCACAGAUGAGGAACUUGCUCAACAAGGAUUCACACCAGAUGAAUACGACGCAAUUCGUGACAUCAUCAUCGAUCUCGACAUCGAUUCUCCAGAAGCGAAGAAGCACAUCAAGAAUGACAAACAGAGAGAAUAUGUCCAGAAGAAGAUGGAUGAACUCGAACAGCGCGAACAAGCAAUCAUCGAAGCUCUCACACCACUCAACAAGCAGAUCAUCAAGAGAAAAUCAUCCAAGCUUGCAGAGCGUGGUGUUACAGAAGAAAAAGAAGAGAAUGUCAAUGAAAUCAUCGAAGAAGUCGCUAAGGAAGUUGCUAAGGAACAAGCAAGAAUUGCAACACAUGCAGACAAAGAUUUCGCAGCUCACGAUCUUCGCAAGGAAACUCGUGUCGAAAUCGCAGAAGCAGGUGCAACAAAGAAGCCAAAGAAAGGUGCAACACUCACAACAACGUCCGAAGAAAAGGAGACACCAGUCGAUAUCGCAAAGGAUGUCAGAUCUCUCCAACAAGGAAUCAUCUCUGCUCAACAAACAGUUGCUCAACAGCAACAGCAGCAACAACAAACAUCAGCCUUCAAGGAAGCUGCCGGUGUCCAAGAAAUCAACAACGCUCCACAGCAACAAGUUCAGCAACAACAAGACGAAGAAGAAGUUGUUAACAACGCUGAUUACAUUGAUGAGGAUUAUGAGCAGACAAAGAACAUUCCUCUUGCUUUACCUGACGAAUCAAUGUCUAACGCAGACAAGGAGAAAGUCAAGCAAGCAAAGAAGAAGAAACACGGCAAGCAUAAGAUCGAAGAAAUCGAGAAAGCUCACGUCAAUCCACAUUACAUCCCAGCAACACUUGGCGGUCAAGAUAUCUCCGAAGCUGCUCAAAUUGGUGAAAGAUCAGCUCCAACAGUCAACAACUCUUACACAUCAGUUGAAUCCCUCAACGACAAACAAAACGAUUUCGUUGCUGAUCGUGUUAAGAAGGCCAAUACAAAUGACUUCCAGCACGAAGUUGCAGGUUCAACACUUGAUGUCAUUGAGAAGUCAAAUCUCCGUGAACAAGCAGCAGAAAAUCUUGGCAAGGAAGAAUCAGAUAUCGUUACACACGCAAUUGCUCAAGCUGCUGGUGAUAUCCUCAAUGAAGAACAUUCUGCAGCUGUUACUGGUGUUUCUGCUGUUGAUAACUCUCAUGAAAUCACAGCAGCAAUCGGAUUCGAUGACGAUCAACAUGAUUUCGUUGUCGAAUUACUCAACAAUCACAAGACAAAUCCAGACAAAUCAAAACGCAAAGCUGAGAACGAACAGACAGUUAAAGACGCUGUCAAGUCUGGAAAGAUCACAAAGAGACAAGGAAAGACAUUACUUUCCUUACUCAACGCUGCUGAUGCACAGAAUGACAUCAAUGACUUCUUGAGCAAAGAAGUUUCUGAUGAAGAACUUGCCAAACAAGUCUUCUUACCAUCAGAAUUCGAUGCCGUUAGAAAACUCAUCGCAGAACACGAUGCCGAUUCCGAUGAAGCCAAGAAGCACAUCAAGAACGAGAAGCAGAAGAAGUUCGUUGAAGAAAAGAUCGCUGAACAUAAGAAGCUUGAAGAAGCUCUUAUCGAAGUUCUUGCUCCAAUCAACGAACUCAUUAUUGGCAACAAGAUCCAAGAUGUUGUCGAAGAGAACAUUCCAGAAGAGAAAUACGACAGUAUUGUUGAAAUCGUCGAAGAUGUUGCUAAGGACGUUGCCAAGGAGCAAUGCAGGAUUGCUUCUGAAGCAAACAUCGAUUUCAGCUCUCAAAAGAUCACUCCAGAACAACGUAAGGAAGUCUUCGAUGAAAACAAGGACAAGAAGAAGCAUAAGAAGCAUCACAAGCACCACAAGCAUUCAAAGGGUGAAGAAAAGCCAAUCGCUGCUCCAGCAAUUCCAGAUUCCGCUUUAUCUGCUCAAGAGAAGGCUCAAAUCCAACAGGUUUUGCAGAGAAAGAGGAAAGGAAAGAUCGAAGAAAUGAAGAACAACAACGUCGAUCCAUACAAUGUUCCAGCAUCAAUGGGUGGACAAGACAUCUCAUUGUCUGCUCAAGUUGGUGAACGUUCUUCACCAUCUGUUGCUGCUACAUACACUCCUUUGGACGAACUCAACCGCGAACAGAACAAGUUCGUCGCAGAUCGUGUCAAAUACGCAAAUUCACCAGAAUUCAAGGACAAAGUUGCUGAUUCAACACUCAAUGUUCUCGAAGAUUCUAAGCUUCGUGAGAAGGCAUCAGCAGAACUUCCUAAGUCUCAAGCUGAACAGUUCAUCAGAGCUGUUGCUGAAGCUGCAGGAGAUAUCAUUGCUGAACAACAUUCCGGUGCUGUUACAGGUGUUUCUCCAGCAGAGAAUUCUCGUGAAAUCACAGCUGCUCUUGGAUUUGAUGAUGAUCAACAUCAAUUCGUCCAAGAAACACUUGCAAACCAUCGUACAAAGAGAGAUCUCAAGCUCAGAAAGAAGUGCAUUGAUGACACAGUCAACAAUGCAAUCAAUGAAGGAAGAAUCACAGAGAAACAAGGCAAAGUCCUUAGAGCAUUACUUGAAGCAGAAGAUGCUCAACAUGAUUGCAACGAGUUCGUCCAAGACAUCACAAACGAAGAACUCGCAAAGCGUGGCUUCAAGCCAGAAGAGUUCGAUGCUGUUCGCAGAAUGAUCAUCAACCACGAUACAGAGUCUGAAGAAGCACAGAAGAUCCUCAACAACGAUCCAAGAAAGAAGAUGUUCGUUGAAGACAAAAUCGAUCAGCUCAAGAAGCUUGAGGAGAAGGUCGUCGAAGCCCUUCUUCCAAUCAACAAGGCUAUCAUUGAGCACAAUGCCGAAGCAGAACUCGAAAGACUUCCUCAGAACAAGAGAGAAGAACUCGAAAAGAUCAUCGAAGAUGUCGCUAAAGAAGUUUCCAAGGAACAAUGCCGUGUUGCAGCCAAUGCAGAAAUUGACUUCGCACAUCAAAAGAUUCCAAAGCAGUCUCGUCUCGAAAUUACAGAUGCCAACGCUAAGGACAAGAAGCAUAAGAAGCACAAGAAGUCAUCAUCUUCAACAAGCUCUGAUUCUUCAUCCGAUUCCGAUGAAAUCUUCGUUCUUCAAUCAGUUCCUGAUGACCAUCUCACAGAGAAGGAGAAGGAUGCAGUCAAGAACGCAAUGAAGAAGGGAGGAAAGGAUGCAAUCCAAGCUCUCCGCAAAGAAAAGAUUUCUACACGUGAUAUCCCAGAAUCUCUUGGCGGACAAGAAGUCGCAAUUGCAACACAUGCUGCUGAGAAAUCAGAACCAGUUGUCAAAGAGUCAUACACACCAAAUCGUGCUCUCAACAACAACCAGAACACAUUUGUCGAGGAUCGUAUCAAGCGCUCAUUCACACCAGAAUUCAAGGAUGAUGUCGCUGGAUCAACACUCGAUGUUCUCGAAAACGCUGAUCUCCAUGAUCGCGCCAACGAAUCACUUGAGAAGGAAGAUGCUGAUCUUGUUGCUCAAGUCGUUGGUGAAGCUGUCAGUGACAUCAUGAAUGAACAACAUUCUGCAGCUGUUACAGGUGUUUCUCCAAUCGAGAACUCCCACGAAGUUACAUCAGCUCUCGGAUUCGAUGAUGAACAACAUGACUACAUCGUUGCUUUGCUCAACAACCAUCAGUACAACCCAGACAAGGCUAAGAGAGAAGCCGAGAACGAUAAGACAGCAGCUGAAGGUGUCAAGGAUGGCAAGAUUACAAACACACAGGCAGAAAUUGUUGCUACUCUCCUCAACGCGACUGAUGCACAGAUGGACAUCAAUAUCUACAUCAACUCCAUUCCAGAUCAAGAACUCCAAAGAAACGGAUUCAGACCAGAAGAAUAUAAUGAAGUCCGCAAGUUGAUCGCAGACAAGGAUGUCUAUUCCGAUGAUGCUCGCAGCCACAUCAAGAACCCAGAACAAGAGGAGUAUCUCAAGGACAAGAUCGAACACGUCAAUGAACUUGAGGCUGCUCUUGUCGAAGCUCUUGCUCCAAUCAACAAGGCAAUCUUGAUGAACAAGACACGCGAAGCAAUCGAUAACAACAUCUCAGAAGAAAACAAUGAUGAUGUUGAAGAAAUCAUCGAAGAAGUUGCUAAGGAAAUGGCUAAGGAACAAGGCCGUGUUGCUGCCAACGCUGAAAUCGACUUCAAUGAGAAGAAGAUUCAGCCAAAGGACAGAAAGAAGAUCCACGGCGACAACAAGGAUGAAAAGAAGCACAAGAAGAAAGCCAAACAAAUCGAACUUGAACCAGUCAAGACACGCGAAAUCCCAAAUGACGCAAUGCCGGAAGAAGACAAGGCAAUCGUUGCUGAAGCUGUCAAGAUGGGAGGAAAGGAUGCAAUCGAACAUCUCCGCAAGGAAUGCAUCGAUCCACAUCGCAUCCCAGAUUCUCUUGGUGGCCAGGAAAUCUCAGUUGCUCACCAAGUCGCUGAGAAGUCCGCACCAAAUGUUGCUUUGUCAUACACACCACAUCAGGAACUCAAUGACAAGCAGAACGACUUCAUCGCCGAUCGCGUCAAAUACGCCAACUCUCCAGAAUUCAAGGAUGAUGUCGCUGGUUCUACACUCGAUGUUCUCGAAGAAUCCAAACUCCGCGAGAAGGCAGAAAAGGCACUUCCAAAGGAGCAAGCAGAUUCACUCUGCCUCGAUGCUGGCGAAGCUGCCGGUGAAAUUCUUGCUGAACAACACUCUGCUGCUGUUACAGGCACCUCACCAAUCGAAAACUCACGCGAGAUCACCGCUGCUCUUGGCUUUGAUGAUGAUCAACAUGAAGUUGUCAUGGACAUCCUCCAACACCAUGUCACAAAUCCAGAUAAGGAAGCUCGUGAGGAGGAGAACCAGAGAGUUGCUGAUGAAGCAGUUAAGAGUGGAAAGGUUACCAAGAAACAAGGCAAACUCAUCAAGGCUCUUCUUGAUGCUGCUGAUGCCCAACAAGACUGCAACGACUUCGUUAACCACAUCUCUGAUGAAGAACUUGCUAAGGCUGGAUUCAAACCAGAAGAAUACAACGAAGUUCGCAAACUCAUCGCUGACCAUGACACAGAAUCUGAAGAAGCCAAGAAGCUCCUUAACGAUCCAAAGAAGAAGAAAUUGGCCGAAGACAAGAUCAAGGAACUCGAGAACCUCGAACAGAAGGUUGUUAUGGCUUUGACACCAAUCAACAAGGCUAUCAUUAAGAACAAAGCUCACAACGCUCUCAACGAAGAUGUUCCACAAGACAAGGAAGGCGAAGUUGAUGCCAUCAUUGAAGACCUUGCCAAGGAAGUCAGCCAAGAACAAGUUCGCAUUGCUACUAAGGCUGAUGUUGAAUUCCAUGGCGAACAGAUUCCAACUGAUGCUCGUCUUGAAGUUGCCGAAGCCAACAAGGAUGCUGACAAAGAGCAACAGAAGCGCCAUAGAGUUCGCAAACAUAAGCAUCAUCAUGGCCAUCACCGCAAACAUCCAUCCUCUUCUUCUUCAUCCUCCGAUUCCGAAGAAAUCCACAUUGCUGCUGAGGUUCCACUCAGCGCCCUCUCAUUGGAGGACCGCGAGAAGGUCAAGAAGGCUAAGGAGCAAGGUGGCAAGGAAGCCAUGCAGGAACUUCGCAAGGAGAACAUCGAUCCAGCUACAAUCCCAGCAGCUCUUGGAGGCCAAGACAUCCAAGAAGCCUUCCAGGCUGGCCAAGAAGCUGAACCAACAGUCAAUGCCAAGUACACUCCAUCUGCAUCUCUCGACAAGCACCAGAACAGAUUCGUUGCUGACAGAGUUCUUCGUGCAAACACAGAAGAAUUCGCUGACACAGUCGCAGGUUCAACACUCGAUGUUCUUGAUAACUCUGGUGUCCGUGAAAAGGCAGCAGAAGUUCUCGAGAAGGAAGAAGCAGAUGCUCUUACACAUGCUGUUGCUGCAGCUGCAGGUGAUAUUCUUGCUGAACAGCAUUCCGCUGCUGUCACAGGCAUUUCUCCAGUCGAGAACUCUCAGGAUAUCACAUCUGCUCUCGGAUUCGAUGAAGAACAACACGACUUCAUUGUUGACUUACUCAACAAGCACGAAACACCAAAGGAUCCAGCUCAGAGAAAGAAGAACAACGAGAAGGCAGUCGAAGACGCUGUCAAGGAAGGAAAGAUCACAAAGAAGCAAGGCGAAUUGCUUAAGGCUAUCCUCGACGCUGCUGAUGCUCAGAAUGAUGUCAACAACUUCGUAACAGAGGAAAUUUCCGACAAGGAACUUGCCAAACUCGGAUUCCCACCAGAGGAAUACGAAGACAUCAGAAAGAUCAUCGCUUCUCAUAACACAGACUCAGAUCUUGCUAAGAAGUGCCUGAAGAACGAUGAGCAGAAAAAGUACGUCGAAGAGAAGAUCAAGGAGCACAAGGGCCUUGAAGAAAAGGUCGUUGAAGCUCUUGCUCCUGUCAACAAGGCAAUUAUCGAAAACAAGACAAGAAAGGUUGUUGAUGCAACAGUUCCUAAAGAUAAGAAGCCACAAGUUGAAGAAAUUAUCGAAGAUGUUGCUAAGGAACUCGCAAGAGAACAAAGCAAGAUCGCCGCUGAUGCUGAAAUCGACUUCCAUGGCGAAGAAAUCUCCAAGGAAGACAGAAAGAGAAUCUUCGAUAACAACAAGAACGAAAAGAAGACAAAGAAGCGUUCUAAGUCUGUCGAACUCAUGCCAAUCAAGAAGAGAGAAGUCCCAGAAGAUGCUCUUCCAAUCUCUGACAAGAUGAAGGUCAAGAAGGCUAAGAAGAAUGGUGGCAAGGAGGCAUUCGAAGUCAUGAGAAAGGAGAAGAUCGAUCCACACAAGGUUCCAGAUUCUCUCAAUGGCCAAGAAAUUUCUGUUGCUGCUCAAGUCGCUGAACGUGCUGCACCAAAUGUCGCAAAGACAUACACAGAGAACAACAAACUCAAUGAUGCUCAGAACGACUUCAUGGCCGACAGAAUCAACUACGCCAACUCUCCAGAAUUCAAGGAUGAUGUCGCUGGUUCUACACUCGAUGUUCUCGAAGAAUCCAAACUCCGCGAGAAGGCAGAAAAGGCACUUCCAAAGGAGCAAGCAGAUUCACUCUGCCUCGAUGCUGGCGAAGCUGCCGGUGAAAUUCUUGCUGAACAACACUCUGCUGCUGUUACAGGCACCUCACCAAUCGAAAACUCACGCGAGAUCACCGCUGCUCUUGGCUUUGAUGAUGAUCAACAUGAAGUUGUCAUGGACAUCCUCCAACACCAUGUCACAAAUCCAGAUAAGGAAGCUCGUGAGGAGGAGAACCAGAGAGUUGCUGAUGAAGCAGUUAAGAGUGGAAAGGUUACCAAGAAACAAGGCAAACUCAUCAAGGCUCUUCUUGAUGCUGCUGAUGCCCAACAAGACUGCAACGACUUCGUUAACCACAUCUCUGAUGAAGAACUUGCUAAGGCUGGAUUCAAACCAGAAGAAUACAACGAAGUUCGCAAACUCAUCGCUGACCAUGACACAGAAUCUGAAGAAGCCAAGAAGCUCCUUAACGAUCCAAAGAAGAAGAAAUUGGCCGAAGACAAGAUCAAGGAACUCGAGAACCUCGAACAGAAGGUUGUUAUGGCUUUGACACCAAUCAACAAGGCUAUCAUUAAGAACAAAGCUCACAACGCUCUCAACGAAGAUGUUCCACAAGACAAGGAAGGCGAAGUUGAUGCCAUCAUUGAAGACCUUGCCAAGGAAGUCAGCCAAGAACAAGUUCGCAUUGCUACUAAGGCUGAUGUUGAAUUCCAUGGCGAACAGAUUCCAACUGAUGCUCGUCUUGAAGUUGCCGAAGCCAACAAGGAUGCUGACAAAGAGCAACAGAAGCGCCAUAGAGUUCGCAAACAUAAGCAUCAUCAUGGCCAUCACCGCAAACAUCCAUCCUCUUCUUCUUCAUCCUCAUCAUCUGAUGAAGAAAACGCUCAUGUUGCAGCUGAAAUCCCAGAUUCUGCACUUUCAGUUGCAGAGAAGAAGAAGGUCAAGGAGGCUCUCGAUGCCGCAGCCAAUGGCAAGCAAUUCUAUGAUGAACUCGCUAAGAAUGGUGUUGAACCAACAGAAAUCCCAGCAUCAAUGGGUGGUCAGAACAUCGCCGAAGCUCACAAGGCCGCAAAGACAACAGAACCAGUUGUCCAAGAGGAAUACCAUCCAUCCAAGAAGCUCACACAGGCUCAGAACGAUUUCGUUGAAGAGCGUGUUAAGAAGGCCAACUCUCCAGAAUUUGCUAAUGAAGUUGCCGGAUCUACACUUGAUGUUCUUGACAACUCCAAGGUCAGAGAAACAGCCAACGAGAACUUCGAGAAGGAUGAAGCAGAUGUUCUUAUUCACGCCGUUGCCGCAGCUGCAGGUGAUGUCCUUGCUGAACAACACUCUGCUGCUGUCACAGGAGUUUCACCAGUUGAGAAUUCUCACGAAAUCACAUCCGCUCUUGGAUUCGAUGAUGAACAACACGAUGAUGUUAUCGAUAUCCUCAAGAACCACAAGACAAACAAGGACAAGUCCAAGCGCGAGAAGGAGAUCGACGCAGAAGUCGAGAAGGCAGUCAAGGAUGGAAAGAUCACAAAGAAGCAAGCCGAGAUUGUCAAGGACCUCCUCAAGGCAGCAGAUGCUCAACAAGACUGCAACGAUUUCGCUACAGAAGGAGUUACAGAUGCUGAGCUCAAGGCUGCUGGAUUCAAGCCAGAGGAAUACAACGCUGCUCGCAAGUUGAUUGUCGAUCACGACACAGAAUCAGAAGAUGCCAGGAAGCUUCUCAACGAUCCAAAGAAGAAGAAACUCGUCGAAGACAAGUCCAAGGAACUCGAGAAACUUGAGGAAGAAGCUGUCAACGCUCACAUCCCAAUCAACAAGUCAAUCAUCGAGAACAAGACAGACAACGCCAUCGAACAAUCAAUCCCAGCUGACAAGCAUGGCCAGGUCGAAGACAUCAUCGAAGAUGUUGCUAAGGAACUCGCCAAGGAACAAGUCAAGAUUGCUGCCAAGGCAGAAAUCGACUUCAAGGAGAACGGCAUCAAACCAGAAGACAGAGAAGAAGUUUUCGAUGAGAACAAGGAUAAGAAGAAACACAGAAAGCACCACAAGAAGGUCGAUGUUAACCCUGUUAAGACUAAACAAGUCCCAGACAAUGCCAUGUCCACAGCCGACAAGAUGAAGGUCAAGAAGGCUAAGAACAUGGGCGGAAAGGAUGCUAUCGCUGAACUCCGCAAGGACAACAUCGAUACAAAGCAGAUUCCAGAUUCUCUUGGUGGCCAAGAAAUCGCAAUCGCUGCACAAGUUGGUGAACAAGCUGCUCCAGCUGUUGCCAUGACAUACACACCACACGAAGAGCUCAAUGACAAGCAGAACGACUUCAUCGCUGAUCGCGUCAAAUACGCCAACUCUCCAGAAUUCAAGGAUGAUGUUGCUGGUUCAACACUCGAUGUCCUUGAUGAUUCCAAGAUCCGUGAGAAAGCCGAUAAAGUUCUUCCUAAGGAACAAGCCGAUUCUCUUGUUCUUGCUGCUGGUGAAGCUGCCGGUGAAAUCCUUGCUGAACAGCAUUCUGCAGCAGUUACAGGCACAACACCAAUCGAGAAUGGCCGCGAGAUCACAUCUGCACUCGGAUUCGAUGAGGAUCAACAUGAAGUUGUCAUGGAGAUCCUUCAGAACCAUGUUUCAAAUCCAGAUCAAUCCAAGCGCGAUGCCGAAAACCAGAAGGUUGUCGAUCAAGCCGUCAAGGAUGGAAAGAUAACAAAGAAGCAAGGCAAACAUCUCAAGGCUCUUCUUGAUGCUGCUGAUGCUCAACAAGAUGCUGAUGAAUUCCUUGAAAAUGGAACAACAGAUCAGGAACUUGCCGAAGCUGGAUUUGCUCCAAGCGAAUUCAACGAAGUCAGAAGACUCAUCGCUGAGGAAGAUGUCGAUUCUCCAGAAGCCAAGAAGCACAUCAAGAACGACAAGCAGAAGAAGCUUGUUCAGGACAAGAUCAAGAAGCUCAACGAUCUCGAAGAGAAGAUUGCAGAAGCUCUUGCUCCUGUCAACAAGGCAAUCAUCAUGAACAAGACACACAACGCUCGCAACGAAGAACCAGCAGCAGAAAAGAUCGAUGAAGUUGAGAAGAUUAUCGACGAUCUCGCUCAUGAAGUUGCUAAGGAACAGGCCAAGAUCCAGACAAAGGCUAAUGCCGAAUUCGGAGCACAAGGAAUCGAGAAAGAAAAGCGUGCCGAAGUUGCCAAGGAUAACGCUGAAGAUGACAAGUCCAAGAAGCACCGCAAGCACCAUGACAAGAAGAAGAAACACGGAAAGAAGUCUUCUUCAUCUUCAUCAUCAUCCAGCUCUGAUGAAGAACACGCUCCAAUCUUCACACGCGAAAUCCCAGACACAGCCAUCUCUACAAAGGACAAGGAGAAGGUCAAGGACAUCAAGGACAAGAAGCAUGGAAAGAAGGCAAUCGAAGAGAUCAAGAACGAAAAGAUCGAUCCACACAGAAUCCCAGCUUCUCUUGGUGGCCAGAACAUCUCAGAAGCUACGGCUGUUGCUGAGAAGAAGGCUCCAGCUGUUUCCAAGACAUACACACCAGCUCCAGAGCUCGACCAGAAGCAGAACGCCUUCAUUGAGGAACGUAUCAAAGAGGCCAACUCUCCAGAGUUCCAGAAUGAAGUCGCUGGUUCUACACUUGAUGUCUUAGAUAACUCCAAGAUCCGUGAAAAGACAAACGGCAAGUUUGAACCACAAGAAGCCGACACAAUCAACCACGCAAUUGCCGAUGCUGUUGCUGAUAUCAUGGCAGAGCAACAUUCUGCAGCCGUCACAGGUGUUUCUCCAGUUGAAAACAGUGAAUUCAUCCCAUCCGCUCUCGGAUUCGAUGAAGACCAGUACAACGAUGUUGUUGAAAUUCUUGCCAACCACAAGACAGACAAGGAUACAAAGAACCGCAAGAAGAAGAACGACAAGGAAGUCGAGAAAGCCAUCAAGGAAGGAAAGAUUUCCAAGGAACAAGGAAAGGUUCUCAAGGAUCUUCUCAACGCUGCAGAUGCCCAGAACGAUGUUGACGAAUUCCUCAACAACGAAGUUACAGAUGCUGAACUUAAGGCUGCAGGAUUCGCUCCAGAAGAAUACGCUGAAGUUCGCAAACUCAUCGCUGAGCACGAUACUGAUUCCGAGGAAGCCAAGAAGCACAUCAAGAACGACAAGCAGAAGAAGUUCGUCGAAGACAAAUCUAAGGAACUCGAGAAGCUCGAAGAAAAUGUAGUUGAAGCUCUUGUUCCAAUCAACAAGCAGAUCAUUGCUAACAACGCACAACAGGCAAUCGACCGCAAUGUUUCUCCAGACAAGCAUGGCCAAGUUGAAGACAUCAUUGAGGAUGUUGCUAAAGAACUUGCUAAGGAACAGUGCAGAGUUGCUGCAGAAGCAGCAAUUGACUUCAAUGACAAGAAGGUUCCAAAGGACAAGGCAAGAAAGGCUCACGACAAGAACAAGGACAAGAAGAAGCACUCCAAGAAGGCCAAGAACGCUGGCGCAGACAAGCCAUUACAGCAGUCUACAGCUCCAGUUAUCACACGUGAAAUCCCAGAUCACGCCGCAACAGAUGCUGAAAAGGAGAAGAUCAAGGAAGCCGAGAAACAGAAGAAAGGAAAGGAUGUCCUUAAGAAACUCAAGAAGUCAAGAAUCGAUCCACAGAACGUCCCAUCAACACUCGGAGGUGAAGAAAUCUCCGCAGCUGCACAAGUUGGUGAACGUUCUGCUCCUGCUGUUUCUAAGACAUACGCUUCUAACGGUGAACUCACACCAGAACAGAACGAAUUCGUUGCCGAUCGCAUCAAGAUGGCCAACACAGAAGAGUUCCAGAACGAUGUUGCUGGUUCAACACUCGAUGCCUUACAGAACUCCGAUGUCCAUGGCAAGCUUGGAAAGACACUCGAACCAGAAGAUGCCAACGAAAUCUUCCAGAUCGCAGCUCAAGCUGCAGGUGACAUCCUUGCAGAAGAACAUUCUGCAGCUGUCACAGCUAUCACACCAUACGAGAACAGCGAGAAGCUUCCAAAAGACUUAGGAUUCGCUCCAGACCAGCAUCAAUACCUCAUUGAAAUCAUCGAGGAGCACCAGUUGAAGAGAGAUCCAAAGGCUCGCGAAGCACAGAUCGAGAAGGAAGUCGAAAGAGCACUUAACGAAGGCAAGAUUGACAAGGAACAAGCAGAUCUCGUCAAGGCAAUUUUUGCUUCUCAAGAUGCUCAAAACGAUGUCAAUAACUUCGUCAACAAUGAAGUUACAAAUGAAGAAUUGGCUAAACAAGGAUUCAAGCCAGAAGAAUUCGAUGAGGUCCGCAAACUCAUCGCUACUCAUGAUACAGAAUCUGAUGAAGCCAAGCAAGUCCUUAACGAUCCAAAGAAGAAGAAAUUCGCUGAAGACAAGGUUAAGGAACUCGAGAAACUUGAGAAGAAGGCUGUCGAUGCUCUUAAGGAAGUCAACAAGGAAAUCAUCAAGAACAAGACAGCAGAGAAAGUCCGCGAAAUUCCAGUCGACAAGCAAGGAGAAGUUGAGAAGAUCCUCGAAGACCUUGCUGAAGAAGUUGCUAAGGAACAAGUCAAGGUUGCUGCAGCUGCAGAUGUCGACUACGAAUCCCAGGAUAUUCCUAAGGACAUCCGCCAUGAAUUACACAACGACAACAAGGCCGAAUCAAUUGUUGUUUCUCGCGAUCUCCCAAUGGAAGAAGAGCCAAAGAUGCUUCUUUGGGAAGUUCCAGACGAGGCAAUGGAUGGAAACACAAAGAAGAAGGUCAGAAAGGCAAAGAACAAAGGUGGAAAGAAGGCAAUGGAAGAACUCCGCAAGAACGAGAUCGAUCCACACACAAUUCCAACAUCUCUCGGCGGAGAAGUCCUUGCUAUUGCUUACGAUGCAGGAGCUCAUGCUUCUCCAUCUGUCACAGAAGAUUACGUUCCAGUCGAAGAACUCGGCAAGGAUCAGAACGAAUACGUCCAGGAGCGCGUCGAAGAGGCAUUCACACCAGAAUUCAACGAUUCUGUUUCCGGUUCAACACUCAAUGUUGUUGAGAACUCCAAGGUCCACGAUGAUCUCAACGAAGUUCUUGACAAGGAAGCUGCUCAUAACAUCUUUGUCCUUGCUGCUGAAGCUGCUGGCGACAUCAUGAACGAACAACACUCUGCUGCUGUCACUGGUGUUACACCAUACGAGAACUCCAGAGAAAUCACAGCAGCUCUUGGAUUCGAUGAAGAACAACAUCAAUACAUCAGUGAAGCCAUCGCUGAUCACGAGACAAAUCCAGAUCAGUCCAAGAGAGAAAAGGAGAUCGACGAUGUCGUCAAGACAGCUCUCAACGAAGGAAAGAUUGCUAAGGAACAAACACCAGCUCUCAAGGAAAUCCUCGAAGCCAUCGAUGCUCAGAACGAUGUUUCUGACUUCGUUACAAAGAAUGUUUCCGAUGCAGAACUUGCCCAACAAGGCUUCAAGCCAGAUGAAUACAAUGAAGUUCGCAAACUCAUUGCUGACCACGACACAGAAUCUGAUGAAGCUAAGGAACUCCUUAAGGAUCCAAAGAAGAAGAAAUUCGUCGAAGACAAGAUCAAGGAACUCGCAAAGGCCGAAGAAAAGGCUGUCAAGACAAAGAAGCCAAUCGCAAAGAAGGUCAUCAAGAAACGUGCUCAACCAGCAAUCAAGAACGAGGUUCCAGCAGACAAGAAGGACAAGGUCGAAGAAAUCCUCGACAAUCUCGCAGAAGAGAUCGCCAAGGAACAGACACGUGUCGAAGCCAACGCUGAAAUCGACAUCGCUGCCAAGGGCAUCACUAAGGAUGACAGAACAAAGAUCUUCGAUGAGAACCAGGAUAUGGACAAGGCCUCCGAACAGCCUAAGUACGCCGAUGUCGCUUACACCAGCCCACAGAUGAACAUCUUCGGACAACCAAAGGUCAGAGAAAUCCCAGACGACUACAUGUCAUCUGUCGACAAGGAGAAGGUCAGAAAGGCCAAGAACAGAGGAGGAAAGCAGACAUUCGAAGACCUCAAGAAUGCAAACAUCGAACCAGACACAAUCCCAGCAUCUCUUGGUGGCCAAGAACUCCUCAUUGCUGCAGAUGCCGGUGAACGUGCAACACCAACUGUUGCCGACUUCUUCACAGCCAACGAAGGACUCGAUGAGAAGCAAAACAACUUUGUCGCCGACAGAGUUAACAAUGCUUACUCCGAAACAUUCGCUGAUGAAGUUGCCGGAUCUACACUCACAGCUAUCGAGAAGGCCGAUGUCCGCGCAAAUGCCAACGAGAAGUUCGAUAAGGAACCAGCAAUCACAGUUCUCCGCGCUACAGGAGAAGCUGCCGGUGACUUACUCGGUGAGCAACACUCCGCAAACAUCACUGGUAUCUCACCAGCUGAGAACUCCACAGCUCUCACAUCUGCUCUUGGAUUCGAUGAUGACCAACACGAUUUCGUCGUCGAAACACUUCGCAACCACCAGACAAAGGCAGAACCAAAGACACGCGAAGCAGAGAUCAACGCCAAGGCCAAGCAAGCUCUCGAACAAGGCUAUGUUUCUCCAGAACAAGCCAAGCAUCUUAAGAACAUGCUCAAGGCCGCCGAUGCACAGAGAGACAUCUCAGACUUCUUACAUCACAACGUUUCCGAUGCUGAACUUGCCAAGCAAGGAUUCAAGCCAGAGGAGAACAAGGAAGUCCGCAAACUCAUCGCCGACCACAACACAGAAAGCGAGAAGGCCAAGACAAUCCUCAACGAUCCAAAGAAGAAGAAAUUCGUCGAAGACAAGUCCAAGCAGCUCGAACCAAUCGAAGAGAAGGCCGCAGAAGCACUUGCUCCACUCAACAGCGAAGCCAUCAAGACAAUUUCUUCCGACUCUGUCAAGAGAAGUGUUCCAGCAAACAAGAUUCCAGAAGUCGAUGAAAUCAUCGAUGACUUAGCCAAGGAAGUUGCCAAGGAACAAAUCAGACUCGCUGCCAACGCUGAUAUCGACUUCAACGACCAGAAGAUUGACAACAAGAAGCGUCGUGAAGUCUUCGAUGACAAUGUUGACAGACGCAAGUACAAGCGCAACGUCAAGGACAAAUCCGGACCAGCCAGCAACCAUCCAGGCUACAAGCCAGUCUUCGUCGUUGUCGCAGAUGAUGCACUCACACAAGAAGACAAGGCCAAGGUCAGAAAGGCAAAGAGCAAGCGCGGAAAGCACACACUCGAAGACCUCUGCAAGGAAGGAAUUUCUCCAUCAUCCAUCCCAGCUUCUCUUGGUGGUCUCGAAAUGGCCAGUGCUCAACAAGUCGGUGAACGCGCAGUUCCAUCUGUUGCUGAAGUCUACACACCACACGAAGAUCUCACAAAGGAGCAGAACGAAUUCAUCGCAGACAGAUUCAAGCAGGCUAACAACCAGGAAUACAAGAAGGAUGUUGCCGGAAAGACUCUCGAUGCCUUGACAGAUGCAAAGACACGCGAAAAGGCAGACAGAGAAUUCGAGAAGUAUCAGGCAGACACAAUCUGCAACGCUGCAGCAAUGACAGCAGGUAACCUCCUCAACGAACAGAAGUCCGCUGCAAUCACUGGCAUUUCACCAUUCGAGAACAGCCGCAGAAUGAACAAGGGACUUGGCUACGAUCAGGAUCAGCACGAAUACAUCGUUGCUGCUCUUCGCGACCACGAUACAGUCGAAAAUCCAAAGGAGAGAGAAGAAGAGAACACAAAGACAGCGAAGAAGGCUGCUGCAGACAAGAACUUCUCACCAGAGGAAGUCAAGACAUUCAAGCAGAUCCUCGAUGCUGUCGAUGCAAUGAACGAUUGCUCCAACUUCGUCUCUUCAAUUCCAGAUGAAGACAUCGUUAAACAAGGAUUCAAGCCAGACGAAUGCGAUGCAGUUAGACAACUCAUUGCUGAUCAUGACACAGAGUCCGAAGAGGCCAAGAAACACAUCAAGAACGACAAGCAGAAGGAGUACAUCCAAAAGAAGAUCGACGAUCUCAAGAAGCUCGAAGAGAAGGCUGCCGAAAAGAUGGUUCCACUCGACACAAAGAUCAUGAAGAAGGAAUCCGGAAAGAUUGUCGAGCGCAGUGUUCCAUCAGAGAAGUUAGACGAUGUCGAGAAGAUCCUGGAAGAUGUCGCUAAGGAAAUUGCCAAGGAACAAGUCAAGCUCAACACAUCCGCAAAUGUUGCUUACGACAACAAGGAAAUCGAGAAGUCCAAACGCGACGAAGUUUACGACAAGAACAAGGAUCUUUCCAGAAAGAAUAAGCAGCCAGUUGCCAUCCCAUCACACAUCCAACUCCCAACACUUCGUGCAGAUGUUGCUGAAGAUGCAAUCACACAAGAGGAGAAGGAGAAGGUCAAGAAGGCCAAGGCAAGAGGUGGCAGAAACACAAUCGAAGAGCUCAAGAGAGAGAACAUCAAUCCACACAACAUCCCAGCAUCAGUUGGUGGCCAGAACAUCUCUGCAGCCGUCGAUGUUGCUGAGAACGCCCAGGUCAUCGUAACAGAACCAUACAUCCCACAAGAAGACCUUACAGAGACACAGAACGACUUCGUCGAGAAGAGAAUUGCCUACGCUUCAACACCAGAACUCAAGGAUGACAUUGCUGGUUCAACCCUCAAUGUCCUCGAAGACUCUUCUCUCAGACACCACGCUUACGGACAUCUUGACAAGGUUGUUGCCGAUUACCUCUGCAAGGCAUCAUCAGAAGCUGCCGGUGAAAUCAUCGAAGCACAGCGCAAUGCAGCUAUCACUGGUGUUUCUGUCUUCGAAUACUCUCCAAAGCUUAUGGGAAUCCUCGGCUUCAACGAGCAACAGCACGCUUAUGUUGUUGAUCUUCUCCAGACUCAUCCAGUACAUUCCAACUCUCAAGACAGAGAGACAGAGAUCAACACUGUCAUCAACAAGGCCAACUGCGAGAGAAUUCUUGCAGAAGAGCAAGUUGACAUGCUCAAGUUCAUCUUGAGAACAGUUGACUCUCAGCACGAUGUCUCCGAAUACAUCACAAAUCUCAAGGAAGAUGACAUGACAAAGGCUGGCUGGGUCAAGGAAGAACAGUGGAAGGUCAGAAGAAUCAUUGCAAACAAGGACAUCACAUCAGAUCUCGCUAAGGAAGUCCUUAAGACAUCCGAACAGAAGAGAUUCUUCAAGAACGCCUUCUUACAGCUCAAGGAACUUGAAGCUGAUGGUGUUGAAUCACUCACAGCUCUCGACGAAGAAAUCAUCUCACAACAGACUGCAAACGUCUACGAUUACCUCAUCCCAGAAGAGAAGAUUGACUUAGUAGACAACAUCAUCGAGUUAGUCGCUGAAGAAACAGCCAAGGAACAGAUGGCAAUUGCUACAUGCGCUGAUAUUGACUUCGCUGAAUUCAGAAUCAAGAAGGACAAGCGCAGACAGAUCACAGAAGAUGUCACAGACACAGGAUUACCACAACUCCUCAGCCACGUUUCUGGCGGCCGCCGCUCAUCUGGCUCCACAUCUGGAAGCGAAAUGUUCUACCCAGUUGCAUCUCGCGAAGUCCCAGAGACAGCUCUUACACCAGAAGAAAGAGAGAAGGUCAAGAAAGCCAAGUCGAAGAAGGGACGCCACACAUUCGAGGCUCUCCGCGAAGACAAGAUCGAUCCAGAGAACAUCCCAGCAUCUCUCAGUGGACAGAACAUCGCUCUUGCUCUCGAAGCAGGAAAGAAGGCUUGCCCACGUGUCAAGGAAGAGUACACACCAGUUUCAGGACUUUCCGAGCCACAGAACAAGUUCGCUGAAGGAAACGUUGUUGACUCCCACAAACAAGAAUACAAGGACAAGGUUUCCGGAUCAACUCUCGAUGCUCUUGAGAAUUCCAAGGUCAGAGAGAACUCCAACCGCAAGUUCGGACCAGAAGCUGCUACACCACUCUGCCAGUCCAUCGCAGCCAUCAUCGGUGACCUCAUGAACGAACAACAUUCUGCCGCUGUCACAGGUAUCACACCAUUCGAGAACUCUCACCACAUCACAAAGGCAAUCGGCCUCAAGUCAGAGCAACAUGACUUCGUCAUCGCCACAGUCAAGGCUCAUGAAACUAAGGCUGACAAGCCAUCUCGCCAGGCUGAUAUCGACAGAAUUGCUGACCAGGCAAUCAAGGAUCACAAGAUUACUCCAGAACAAGGCAAGUUCAUCAAGUCAAUCUUAGAAUUCCUCAAUGGAUUACGUGAUGCAUCUGCUCACGCUAAGGCUAUUAAGGAUGACGAACUUGCUAAGCAAGGAUUCCAGCCAGCAGAGUUCAAGGUUGUCCGCAAGGUCAUUGUUUCCGGUGAAUUCGAUACACCAGAAGCCAAGGCUGUUGUAAAGACACACCAGCAGAAGCUCUUCGUCAAAGGAAAGAUGGAUGAACAAGCCAAACUCCAGGACGAAAUGGUCAAGGCCAUUGUUCCAAUCGACCAGAAGGCAAUUUCUCGCAAUGCUCAACCAGUUGUUGAAAGAUGCUUGACACCAGAUUGGGCAGAAGAAUUCGAACCAAUCGUUGAAGAAGUUGCGAAGGAAGUCGCUAAGGAACAAGCUAAGAUCGCCGUCGCUGCCGAAUUCGAAUACGAUACAGUCGAAAUUCCAGAUCCAAAGCGUCGCGAAAUCUUCGACAAGAACAAGACAGACGAACAGAUGAAGGACACAAUGACAUCCGAAGAGAAGGAGAAGGUCAAGAAGGCAAAGGCCAAGGGAGGAAAGAGCGCUCUCAACCAGCUCCGCAAGGACAGAAUCGAUGCUCACAACAUCCCAUCAGAACUCGGUGGACAAGACAUUUCUAUUGCCAUCGAAGUUGGCACUCGUGCUCUUCCAACAGUUGCCCAGAGCUUCUCACCAUCAGACGAACUCACACCAGAACAGAACACCUUCGUCGAAGAACGCGUCAAGAAGGCUAACUCUCCAGACUUCGGUGAUGAAGUUGCUGGCUCAAUCUACACAGUACUCGGCAAGUCACAAGUUCGUCCAAAGGCUGCAGACAAGUUCGAACCAGAUAAAGUCAACGAACUUCUCCGCGCUAUUGCUGAUGGACUCGCAGAUAUCUUCGCUGAAGUCCACUCCGCAGCUCCAACAGGAACCAACCCAAUCGAGAACUCCCGCAAGCUCACAUACAACCUUGGAUUCAACGAUGAGCAGCACAACCAUGUUGUUGACAUCCUCGCCAAGCACCAGACCAAUCCAGAGAAGACUCCACGUGCUGACAACAUCGAAACAGAAGUUAAGGAAGCUGUCGAUGCACACAAGAUCGAACCAGAACAAGCCAAGAUCCUCAAGAACUUGUUAGAAGCUAUCGAUGCACAAGCUGACGUUGUCAAGUUCGUCGAGAGCAUCCCAGCAGCUGAGUUCGAAGCUGUCGGAUUCAAGCCAGAAGAGAUCAAGGACAUCAGAAAGUUAAUUGCCGAACACGACACAGAAUCAGACAAGGCCAAGGUCCUUCUCAAGAAGAAGGAGCAACAAGAAUUCGUCCAGGCCAAGUCCGAAGAAGCCAAGAAGCAAGAAGAACCAGCUGUCAAGGCACUCAUCCCAAUCGUCGAGAGAAUCCUCAAGAACGAUACAGCAGGAGUUGUCGAAAGAUCAAUUCCAAAGGAGGCUCUUCCAGACUACUACGAAUUACUUGUUCCAGUUGCCGAAGAAGCAGCCAAGGAACAAAUCAGAGUUGCAGCUGGUGCAGAUGUCGAAAUGGACGACAAGCAGAUUCCAAAGGACAAGCGUCGCAAACUCCACAAGACGAACUCCCACAGAAGACCAUCAUCUCAACGCCCAUCUCGUCGUGGAUCAUUCGUUUCACCUGCUGGACCAGAAAGCGAAACAGGCACACAGCUUUUCAUCCCACCGAACUCCAGAAAGACACGUUCUCGCAAGUUCAGAGAAUUACCAAAGGCACCACGUGCAGGCGGACGUGCUGGAUUCCAGCCACUUCAGCCUGGCCAGUUUGCUUCCAUCCCAAGACCAGUUUCUGCUGUUCCAGCUCAUCCUAAGUACGGACUCAACGCUCCAGCACCAAUCGGCUCAAUGCCAACUCCAAUUGGAGCUCCAGCACAGCAGCCAUUGUUCGCAAAUCUCCAGCCAAUUGGCGGACCACAGCCAAGACCAUUCGAAACAUCCACAUAUGGAUUACCAGGAAUGCCACAUGAAGUUGGAGAUGAAGCACUUUCUGUUACAGAAAAGGACAAGAUUGUCUUAGCAAUGAGACAGCCAAACGGAAAGGCUCAGAUCAGAGCAACCAGAGAAACAGAGAUCAAUCCAAAGACAAUCCCAGCAUCACUCGAUGGACAACUCAUCGCUGUCGCAUGCGAAAUCGGCGAAAGAUCUCUUCCAACAAUGGUUAUCCCAUACAUGGCAUGCGAAGGACUCACACCAGAGCAGAACAAGUUCGUCGAAGCUCGUGUCAUCGAAGCACAUACACCAGAAUUCAAGCACGCUGUUUCUGGCGCUGCCUUGGAUAUCCUUCAGGAUACAAACGUCUACGGAAAGGCCAAGGACAAACUCGAGAAGGGCCAGGCAGAUGCAUUCACACGUGCUCUCAUCGACACAGCUGGCGAUCUUAUCGCUGACCAGUACUCUGCUGCCAUCGUCGCUAUCACUCCAAUCGAAGUCAGCCACGUAACAACAUUCGGACUUGGAUUGAACGACGACCAGCAUGACUUCCUUGUUGAGGCAAUCGCUACACACCGUACCAAGCCAGACCUCAAGGAGAGAGACAUCGAGAACCAGAAGGUUAUCGAUGAAGCUCUCAAGGAAGGCAUCUUCAACAGAGAGCAGGCUAAGCUCAUCUUACCAGUUCUCCAGUUGUUGGAUGCUCAGAACGAUAUCAACGCUUACCUCGUUGGCAUCAAGAACGAAGAACUCGCCAAGCAAGGAUUCCAGCCACUCGACUUCAACGCUGUCAGAAAGCUCAUCGCCAGACACGAUGCUCAUUCUGACGACGCCAAGAAGAUCAUCAAGACCAAACCACAAGAAGAGUUCGUUCUCAGCAAGAUCAAGGGACUCGAACCAAUCGAGUUCAAGGCCAGACAAGUUGCCACAGUUGUUGCUGCAAGAGCUCUCAAGAGUGGAACAAACGAUGUCUUGGAAUUCCUCAUCCCACCAGAGAAGUACGGCAGCUUAGAAGACUUGAUCAACGAAUUAGCUGAUGAAGUCGCUAAGUUACAAGUUGAAAACGCCGCUCUCGCUGACUUGGACCUCGAUGAUGCCAAGAUUGCUUACGAGAAACGCCGCGAGAUCUACGGCAUGAACACGUCUAAGGAAUUACCAAAGACAUCACAGCUCAAGCAGCGCAAGCCAAUGAACUACCGCAGCGGAUUCGAACAAGGCUACCAGUCAGCAAUGGCAGCUCUUGCCGCGGGCGCAUUCCAGCCAGGACAGUUCAAUCCAUACGGCAUGCCAUACGGAUUCGCUCCAGGCCAGAUCAGUGCUCAGGCACAGCUUGCUCAACAGCAGAAGCCAGAGAAGAAGAAGGGCGGCAAGAAGAAGAAGAUAAAGAGAGUCAAGAAGGUCAAGGUAAAGGCAAGGAACAUCACUUCAGAGUCAGAGAAGGAAGCUGCUCCAGGCAAGGAAUCAGCUUCAUCCGAUGACGAUGAAAUCUUUGUUGCAGCAAGAAUCCCAGCAGAAAACAUCAUCGACGAGUUCAAGAAUGUCAUCAAUUCCGAUACAGUUCCAGCUGGAUUUGUCGAGCAACUCAUCUCAGAAGUCCAGGAGAAGGCAGCCGCACUCAAGCCUCUCCUCGCAAAGGGCAAGGCUGAACUCACAAAAGAUGAGCUCAAGCAGAAGGAGUUACUCACACAGGAAGUCAACAGCCUCAUGAACGCACUCGACAAUGUUAAGAUCGCUGUUGCUCAUCCAGAAACAGCUGAAGCUGCCAAGGUUGACAUCAACAAGAACAUGCUUUCUGCUUCCAAGGAAGAAGUCAAGGCUGCUCUUCCAGUUCUCACUGUCAAGGCUUCCAAGAACAUGCUGGCCUUCAACUUACCAGAAGAGAGACUCGAGAAGAUCAAUGUUGUUCUCGCCAAGGCUGUUGCAAGAGCAGGAACAGAUAAGGAUUCACUUAUCUUGCUCCAGGCUGCAGCCAAUCUUGAUCAAAUCGAUCCAUCCCUCGCAACACUCAACCAAGUUGAUGAAGUUCGUGCUUCAAUCGAAGAGAAGAACAUCGAGAAGCUUUCAGAGCAUGCACCAUUACUUGCUGCCAAUACACAACUUGCCGAGAUCAUGAAGGAGUUACCAGCCACACAGCCAUUCACUGUCAAGUUGGUUUCUCUUGCUGAGAAGGUCAAGGCCCGCUCAAUGCUCACACAAGAUGAUGGCGACGAUUUGUCACAGUUGAUCACAGGAAUCGAAGACAUCAUCCACUCCGAGAUUUGCGGCCCAUUGACAUUCGAUACAGGAGACUUCAACGCCAUCGCAGACAACAUCAUGAACUUGUCCAACUCUGUCCAAGCCAACACAACAGAACUUGUUGCAUCAACAAGAGCCAAGAAGAAGGACGAGAGCAAGUUCGUAAUCAACAGAAUGAAGACAAACGCUCUCGAUGUUGCCAUCAACACAAUCAUGGCUUCUACAAAGGCAUCAGACAAAUUCACAGUCGACGACGAACUCAACAACUUGUUCUCUUGCUUCAAGGAGCUCGACGAACAAGCCGAGAAACUCGAUCAGAAAGGCGUACAGAAGGCAAACAGAGAGUUCACACUCGUUGUCAACAAGAUUGCCAACAAGUACGAUGAAAUCAAUGAAUUCAUGGAAGAAGAAGAGAAGGAAUCAGGACAACCAGACCAGUUCUCACAAGCAGCUAUUUCCAUCAUGGGAGAUAUCGCAAGACUUGUUAGAAUCAAUGCAGCAUUACCACCAAGCUCUUACACAGCAGCUUCUGCCAAUGAAGAUGCAAUUUCCAAGUCGAGAAAGCCACUCGCAACGAGAACAUUCACAAGAAUCAAAAACAGCAUCUUCACAAACGUCAGAGGCCUCAAGUCAUGCGUUGCAUCCAUCAACAAGGAUGAACAGAGCGAUCUUGGCAAGAUGAUCAACGAAUUGGAGCAGGCAUUCCACGAUGUCGAAUCUCCAGAACAGUUCACAGAACUGAAGGCACAAGAAACAAUGACAAACAUCAUCAAGAUCCGUGCCAUCUAUGUCAAGGUCAGAUCAGUCACUGUCAGUGGAAUUCCACCAGAGAUCGAAGCCAAGAUUCCAAUCAGAUUCACACCAAAGAUCUCAGAAUUCCCACGAGGAACACAAGAACAGUGUAGCGACGUUAUCCACGAGUCACUCAACGACUUAGUUGUUUCAAUCGAGAAAGGAAAUCCAGAAGAAGUUGUUGCCAACCUCAACAACUUCCACCACUCACUUGAUUACAUCACAACACGUACAAAUCUCUCUGCAUCAAUCCAGGCAGGUGAUAUUGCCAUCAUUGCUGCUCGUUCCAAGCUCAACAGCUCAUCAUCCGCACAGGAUGACCUCGAGAAGCUCAAGCAGGCAACAGAGGAAGCACUCAACUCUUUGUCAUUCAAGGCAAUGUCCGAAGGAGAACUCGCAGAAAUGGCAUCAAUCACACUCAAUGAUGCCACUAACUCCCUUGAUUCUCUUUCACAACAGGCAGAGAAGAGAUCAGAAGAAGCCAAGCAGCUCGUUCUUUCAUUCAUGCCAAUCGCUACAACAUCCAAGACAAUCGUUGAAUUCGCUCGUUCUCAAGUUUCUUACAUCAAGAGCGAUGUUUUGGAUGACUUGUGCAAGCCAAUUCCAGCAUUAUCACAGUCACUCAUCAAGUCAACACGCACUAUGGCUUCGAUCGAUGACAUUGAUGCUGUUAAGAACGCUACAAACGUCUCCGUCAAACUCGCAGAGCUCAUGACAAACCUCGCAAACGCUGUCCGCAAUUCUGGUGGCACCCCAGAAAUUGCACAGGCCAUGGAGAACCUUUCAAGAGGUAUGUCUGCAACUGCUAAGAAGCUCAAGGAGAAGAUCGAUGUCCAGGAACCACCUAAACAAGCUGCUCCUCAGAUUUCAUUUGUUGCACCAGAACCAAGAAGAAACAACUUACUCGACAGACUCAAUGCAGAAGCAAGAGUCGUUGAGGCAAGAAGAAAGCUUGAGGCUGCUAAGAGCGCACUCAACUCUUUCAAGACUUAA